AGCCACAGCUACACGGAAGACAACACCUGUCUGCCAGAAGGUACUGAGCACUAGUUGUUCUGAGCUAAAUUGUGCCCUAGCUACCAGUUGUAAAGAUAUAUUCUGUGGAAUUUGUAUACGCAAAAGCGAUUCGAAUUUAAUAAUCGAUUGACAUAGCAUUUGUUGAUUUUGCGAUAAUUCGAGAUGAAUGUAUAUGGUACAUUCUCAUGCAAUACUGCCAGCUCCGUCACCAUAUUUUUCAUUUAAAGCAGUUUCCAAACCACUCUAUGCAAUAAUAUUCCAGUCCUUCCAAUCCGCCUCUUUCUCCAUUGGCAUCUCCUACCCCAUUAUUGAGUUUGAUAUUUGGUGCCACGCAAUUUUCAGCAAGCAUUAAUAGUUAAGAUGCAAAUGCAACGCACGCUACCUUUCUCGUCUUGCUAUCCGAUGCUUAAGUCUUGUUUGCUCAUCCGGACACUUUUACUGUAUCCGUUAUGAGGUAUACUUGACGCUCACCGCUAAUAUUUGGCCUCCAGUCUUCUCUACAAAAUUAGUCGUUCUUCCAAAUUUCUUGUAUCCUCUGGCCCCUCCUAAUGUUGAUAAUCGCUAAAUAUUGUCAAGCAGAUAAAAGUAAAGUUUUGUCGCAAAAUUUUGUUGCGGUGUUACAAAACGUGCCAUGGUCGAAGAUUUGACCCCAUAAGGAGGAAUCCAGCUAGCGGUCAGGGUGGUACUUAAACUCGGGGGCACCGGAUUACAAGUCCAGCUCAGCUCGACCCCGCGCUAUAACCUCGAGGCCAAGCUGCCUCCUGCCUGGUUUGCGAUUAGUCCCUAAACAACACUUUCCACAUGGAUGACAAUUUUCAAUGGUUCUGGUAAAUGAACCAGUUGCUCGCAUCAUGCAGUGUCUGUGAAAUGCUUUGAGGGUUCAUCCACUAGUCAUUAUCUGUACUUAAUUCAAUUUGUGAAUGAUUCUUAAUUACUUUCCCUGUCUUUCUCUCUCCUUCUUAGAAUGUGUAAAUUAUCGACGUAUUACCAAUGCUGACAGAAAAGUCACGUACGGAAAAGUUUCAGUACAAUGUGACAAAACAAUAGACGCCGCAUGGUACAGGUUCGAAGGCGCGGCAGGGACAAGGAUGCCGACUUCAUGUCCGCCUUUAUAUAAGUGUAACACCAACGCUCCCGGCUGGCUGAAGGGCGGACAUCCAAGCGUGGCAGAUGGUCAGGUUUCAAGGAAAGCGUGUUUUCAUUGGUCAAACUGUUGCUCUCUCUCCACCAACAUUAAAGUAAGGAACUGUGGUUCCUAUUAUGUCUACUAG